UCCUAAAGGCGGAAAGCGGCGGAAGACGCGUCCCUGCUUCGUUUUGAAGAUUCGGGGAUCGAUUAAGUCGCCGACGCUUUGCCUUAGAUUAAGCUCGCGCUAGCGAGUCCCUUUUCGAAGAAAAACAGCCCCGCGUCCUAUUCGGCCGGCGGCGCGCGCAGUCCAACGGCGGCUACGUCGUGCGGGGCAGGGCGGACGGAAGCGAGGGACGAGUCCGCAGCAAGAGCGUCAGCUGACUGACUCGAUCCGCGCGCGCCGGGGCGAGGGCUGCGGCUCCAACCCGAGGCAAGGAGGGCGCGUCGGCGAGGGCCGCCCGGACCCCACCUCUCGCGAUGCUGCGGUGGCUCAUAGGAGGGGGACGCGAGCCGCAGGGAUUGGCCGAGAAAUCUGUACAGACCAUUGGCGAAGAACAAACACAAAAUCCCUACACUGAACUGCUUGUGCUGAAAGGUCAUCAUGAUAUAGUGCGGUUUCUAGUGCCAAUAGAUGAUUACAGGUUUGCAUCUGCUGGUGAUGAUGGGAUUGUAUGUUUGUGGAAUGCUCAGACUGGAGAAAAGCUAUUUGAGCUACAUGCACAUACACAAAAGAUUACUGCUCUUGCAUCUUUUCCUCUAUCAGAUACUUGUGAAGAAAAAUGUCACUUGAUCUUGACAGCAGGUGCUGAUAGAACUGUCAUUGUUUGGGAUUGUGACAAUGGUAGGCAAGUUCAUAAAGUAUCCUGCUUUCAUUCCACAGUAAAGUGUUUGACAGUUCUUCAAAGGCUGGAUGUAUGGCUGUCUGGAGGGAGUGAUCUGUGUGUUUGGAACCGAAAAUUAGAUCUCUUGUGUAAGACAAGUCAUCUUAUUGAUGCAGAUAUCAGUGCUAUGAUAGAAUUGCCUAAAAAUUGUGUGGCAGCCGCAGUUGGCAAAGAACUGAUCAUUCUUAGACUGAAAGCUUCCAGAGAUGGAACUGAAUGGGAUGUCUUCGAAGUGAAGCGCCUUCUUGACCAUGAGGACAAUAUUGUAUCAUUGGUCAGUGUCAGUGAUCUGACUUUUGCAACUGGCUCUCAUGUUGGUGAGCUGAUAGUCUGGGAUGCAUUGGACUGGACCAUGCAUGCAUAUGAACGCAGAUGGGAUGCUUCUCUUCAUGUUGACCCACAACAAGAAAUAAAAUUAUCGCACAGUCAAAAUGAAGUUUCAAUUCAACAUUUAGCUUCUGAUGAGGAGUGUGUGUUCGCUGCUGUUGGAAAGGGCAUAUAUGUGUAUAACCUUCAAAUGAAGCGUGUGAUUGCCUUCCAGAAGACUGCUCAUGACUCCACUGUCCUGCACAUUACAAAAGUUCCAAACAGGCGAAUAAUCUCCUGUUCAGAAGAUGGCAGUGUUCGCAUAUGGGAAUUACGAGAAAAACAGCAGCUUACAGCUGAACCCGUUCCUUCAGGUUUUUUCAGUAUGUGGGGAUUUGGAAGGACAAGUAAACAAGCCAGUCAUACAGCUAAAAAGCCACCAGAGAGCACCACUGUCUUCUCCUUGGAUCUCAUUGGGGAUUUGAUUGGGCACUCUUUAGCUGUUCAGAUGUUCCUGUACUUCAGUGAACAUGGCCUGGCAACAUGCUCUGCUGAUCACCUCGUUAUUUUGUGGAAAGAUGGAGAACGAGAGUCGAGACUGCGCAGCUUACUGUUAUUUCACAAGUUAGAACAAAGUGAAGAUUUGCAGCUUAGGAUCUAAAAGGACGUAAAUAUAUGGGAUAAAGGAAAAUGAGCCAGAGGAAAAGAAUGAACACCCAGCCUCAACUGCUAAAGCCAGUUGGACAGGGCAAGGUGAGCAGAUGCAGUUCCAGAAUGAUUUGCUUCAAAGGUGGCUGAUUGAAGCACUGGACUAGGGAAUAGCUGUACACCAGGAAGCAGCUUUGAUGUUGUAGAGGCAUGGAGAACUUCACUCUCACUCAAAAAUAUUUACAUCCUGUUGCAUCAGUGCCGCCUUAUCCAGGCUAUAAAGUCUCAUGUACACUGCUUAGAAAUGAUAAUGAUUAAGUGGUAUGUAAAUGCCUUCAAUAAAAAAUAAGUAAAGUAUCAAUUCACAAAUUGGUUCCUUCCGUUUUCUCUACUUGUCAGUGCACUGCAUUGCUUUUCCUGGCUGUUCAAAUAAUUUACCCAGGCCACCCCCACCCCCACCCCACAAUAGCACUUCACAUAACAGAUUUUGCAAUUCAAGAUUCUUUGACUGCAUCAGUCAUCCAAGUCUGAUUUCAUUAUUUUCAUGCAUUUUUUUCCAGUUGCAUAACACAUUCUAAUCAAAGAUUGAGUUUCAGCAGAAUUUUCAAAUAUUUGCCCUUUUUUUUGCUGCAAUGUUCAAAGUGCUUCUGAAUCACUCCAGUAUAAUUUUUAAGAGAGUGUGCACUUGCUUAGCAUCUGCUAGCUUAAACAGUUUGAUCAAUUGUACUUAAUGAAUUCUAUCAUGGCAUAUGAAGCUAUUAUUGAUGGUAGAAGCUGAGGUGGGAAAUACAGAUAGCAUGUGCUUUCUAGUCAUCUGAAAACACACGAGCAUUUUAGAAGUAAAAUUAUUUUUCUCAUGCUAUAAGAUAAGUUUUAAAAAUUAUAAAGCCAUACCUGUG